AUGGGAAAUUGUAAUAUUAAUGAGAAAAAGGAAGACAUGCUUGAAAGCGAUAGUAAUUGUUUUAUAAGCAUACUAAGUUACUUCAAUAUCAAACUUUUAGUUUAUUGAUGCAAUAGGUCGAGGAGGAUUUGGUAAAGUGUGGAAGGUGAAGAAAAAGAAAAAUACAUUAUUUUAUGCAUUGAAGGUGAUGUCCAAAGCAAAGUAUUUACAGUUAGGUCUAUUAAAGAAUCAUACUAAAAAAGUCAGUUCAGUCAGUUUUGAAUGAGAGAUAAUUGUUAAGCAAUGUGAGACAUGGGUAUGUGUGAUAAUAACAACAAUUUUAAGAUUUAUGAUUAACAUGCAAUGCGCUUUUCAAGACAAGGAAUAUUUGUAUUUAGUAAUGGAUUUGUUAACAGGAGGAGAUUUGAGAUUCCAUAUAGGGAGGCUAAGAAGAUUUAACGAAGAAUAAACAAGUACAGUUUGAAAUUUGAAUUAGAAUUUUUUGCUGCUUGUAUUAUCAUAGCACUUGAAUAUUUACAUUAGAAUGGGAUACUGCAUAGAGAUAUAAAGCCAGAGAACUUGGUUUUUGAUAGUAGUGGUAAUUGGUUUAGAAAAUAAAGUGAGGUUAUUUGAGAUUGACUGAUUUGGGGAUAGCUAGAAUAUGGAAGCCUGAGAAUUCAUCUGACACUAGUGGUACACCAGGUUACAUGGCUCCUGAAGUUAUGUGCCGUUAAAAUCAUGGCAUAGGAGUGGAUUACUUUGCUUUGGGAGUUAUCGUUUAUGAAUGCAUGUUGGGAAGGAGACCAUAUAUGGGAAGGAGCAGACAAGAAAUAAGAGAAUAGAUGCUAUCCAAAUAGGCAGCUAUUAAAAGACAAGAAAUUCCCCCAGGAUGGGAUAUAUAAGCAGGAGAUUUUGCUAAUUAGGUAUGGGUUGAGUUUGAAUUUAGUUACUUUAAAGAAAACCUCAGAAUCGGUUGGGUUCAAAUGGUCCAGAUGAAGUUAAGGAACAUCCUUGGUUCAAAGACUUCGAUUGGGAAAAGUUAGAGAACAAGAAGAUACUAGCUCCAUUUAUACCAAAUGUAAAGUUCUAAUAAAUUUGAGUCAGUGCAAUUAAGAUAAUUACUUGCCAUCAGAUGGAUUAAACGAUUCAGAUGAUUCCCUUAGUGCAGAACAACAUUUAUUGUUAAGACGAAAUUCAAUAUAAAGUAUAUCUCGUUAGAUUACUUAGAUUUAUUUAAUGGAUAUGAUUAAGAUGGUAACCAAUAACAAUGUUCACAGAACAAUCUAAUGAUAUUUUCGAGUUAAUCAUCCGCUAGAUAGAGUAAGGCUCCUACUUCGUCAAGUACUCUAAAGUCUUCGAAAUUAUGA